UUAUAUUAUAUUAUUAUCUUUCAGGUGAGUCGAUUCAUGUGCAGCAGGUGAAAUGCCGCCAUCUUGCGGAUCAAACUCCAAACAGCAUAUUGACGAUUUUAUCGAUUAAUUUUACAGCACUGUUUCUAAUUCCUGUCAGUUUUAUCCCUUUUCUUGAUUUUGUUUGAGUUUCCAUCCUAUAUUUUGAUUUUAAAGUCACCGUUUUCUGUCUAAUUCCGCCCCUGCGGCCUGCCCUGACGCAGACACCGAGCGCUCCCUCCGCGGAGCUGGAAACCCCGUGCCACGUGACAAUGUUUACUUUAUCCCGGACAAUCGAGACGCGCGGAGCCGCUCGUGUUACCGGACAUGUUUGACUCUGUUCACCGGUAAACACCUGGACCGGCAGCAGGCACCGAGAUGAGCGUCUCCUGGCAGCGAGGCAGAGAUCUUGUGAAGUCCUACAAUCUGAGCUUGGAGCAGCAGAUUGUGGGUCGAGGCUGCAGCCUGGUGGUGAAAGACGAGGAUCUGUGGAGGCGGGUGGAGGAGCUGCUGAGGGAUGGAGACCCUCAGGAGAUCCACUGCCUCGCCCUGGAUCCUCUCAGUGUGAUGGAGGAGUCCCUGAAGGCAGCGGCGUCCGGCGGGAGGAGGCUGGGACCCAGAGGAGGGCUGAGAGGUCUGGCCAAAGCCUUCGAGGUUCUGGAACAAGUAGCUCUGAACGUCUACCUGGCUCCAUGGAGGGAGGAGUACCGAGUUAUCAAGAUGUACUCCGGCCUGUUCACCCACCACAUCACUCCGGUCCUGUCGCCGCCUCAGAUCAAGAAGCUCUUCGGCCUGCUGGGCUACCAGAUCAGCCCGACUCGGCCCGAGGAGCUUCUCCUGGACCCGUCCAGAAUCCGCCACCUCCUGGACGAGCUCCUCCCGCUGUCUUGUGCCUUCUUCCUGGCUCGGUGCGAGUGUCGCCUCCUGCUGGCGGCUCUAGCGAAACACAACAGUGACGCCCAGUGGGAGCUGAGCUUAGUGAGGGAACGGCAGCGAGGAAGCAGCCUGCAGAUCGCUAUAGAAACCACCCAGAGGUCGCUGGAGCUGUUCGACGUCGACGAGGAUCUGUACGGAGACGGGCAGGUCAACGGAGGCGGGAUGCAGCAGACGGUCGCCGCUGUGGACGCCGGUCCUCACUCCGUUACCUGGACGACUCAAAGCUACGCUGUGACGCCGCCUGCCGCCAAAACAAACGGCGUGAGCACGUCCUCACCACUGGAGCCCGACGCCAGCUGGAGGUUUGACACCAAGGACUCUCUGCUGGGGGCUUCACCGGAGGCCGCCCACCUCUGCAGCUGUCUGCAGGCGCCUCAUCUGCGUCUCAGACGCUGCAUCGAAUGCGACGCGCUGCACGACGCCGUCUGCGCCUCCCUCGAUGUUUGCGCUCAGAGGGGCCAUGAGCUGACGCUCAUCGACGACGAGGUGAAGGAAGCGAGGACGGCGUCGCCUCAGAGAGCCUCGCCGGGGGCCGUGUCCUCCUUGACGCUGCGCGACGACGACCUCGAACCCGCCAGCCCCGCCCUGCAGCCGAUCGGCUUCCACGAAUGCUGCGACCUCGCCAAGCUGGACCCGCAGGUGUUCUGUCGCAGCUGCAGCGUCUUCCACUCCGGCUCCUGCAGAGAAAGAGACUUCUGCCAGAUCAAGCACGACGUCCGGACGCUGGGAGUCUGCUCCUGUGGAAAGCACUGCUCCAGGAAGCCGCUGGUCCUCUGCAGGUACUGCGGCAACGAAUACUGCAACCCCUGCUGGUACAGAAACCCGCUGAGCUGCAGCUGCGGCCAGACGUUCGACCAGUCGUCCUCCGUCUGAGCCCAGGAGUUUUGCACUUCAGAGGCAGAAUCCCAGUGCCUUAAACCUGCACACUGGAGACGUCUUUUUCAAAUCAAACGCUGCCUUCACUGACUCUCCUCAUCGUGCCACCAGUUCUUCUCUAAGUGUCCGUAUUUACCGGCACAGUGCAGCCUGUUACACUCUGUGCCUCUUUGGGCUUCUUCACUGUAACUAGAAGCACAACGAUGUCUGUUUUUAUGUUUGCUGCCUGCAUCAGAAUGCAGUAAAAAGGGUCAAAACGCCUCCAGUCUGCGUUAAAAAGUGUGUUUUAUGGUUCAAGAGCUGCUUUAGUUCAGCCACAGUGGAGUUACAGGUAGAAAUCUGUCGUAUUUAACAUCUAACUAAGCAAUGUUUUAGAAUAUUCCACACGUUUUUAGCCCGUAACUUCUGUUUUGAAGUUCAGAAGGUGAUUAUUGUGACAGUCAUUUAUUUUCUUGAUUAAAUAGUUGAAGAUUUGGUCGAUAAAAUGUCAGAAAAUUACCGUUCCACUGAGUUGUAGCUACAACGAUUAGUCUGUUAAUUGAUUAAUUGACAACUCCUUUGAUGACUUUAAUCAUCAAUUUGAGUCAUUUUUUAAUAAAUUCUCUGUUUACAGCUUCUUAAAUGUGAGUAUUUUCUGGUUUCUUUCCUCUGACGUAAACUGAAUGUCUUUGGACAAAACAAGCCUUUUUUUAAAAAAAAAUCUUGAAUUGAUACUAGUCAACAUUUUUGCACAGUUUCCUGACAUUUUAUAGACAAAAAUAAGCAUUUAAUCAAGAAAAUAUUUGAAAGAUGAAUCAACAAUGAAUAAAUCUUUAUUUACAGACAA